GUGAAUCCUUCAACAACCAACACACUUUCAGGAUACAAUAGAAACAAUCAUUAUUUUGUUGGGGGUGGAGUAACGAAUCAGUUUGUGAAAUGUAGAAGACUAACCUAGCUUAUUACAACAACAAAAAACACAUGUAACUAACAAAAAAUACAGUGCCCUUCGCUUCGAGUACGUUUGGGAAGUUGCGCUGCGUUUGGCACUGCCAGCUUGAACUGUGCAGCCUGCAUACGUUAAAUGCGGAAGUAGCAUAUUUUGUCUUGACAGAGGGUCUGGAUAUCUUCAUAUCGUAUUGUCGUCAUCUGCUUCAGGCUAACGUCUCAAGUGACAAUGAAUGUUUCUAAGGCAUUGCUGGGAAUUCUGGAUCAUUUGACAGAACGUGAUCUGAAGACAUUUAAGUGGUACCUGGUCCAGGAUGUGCUGGAAGGUUUUAAACCCAUAUCUAGAAGCAGACUGGAAAAUGCUGCCAGAAUGAACGUGGUAGAUGUAAUGGUUAACAGUUAUCCAGGUGGAGCCAUUCAAAUGACAGUGAAGAUUCUGAGGAAUAUGAAUCAGAAUGAUCUUGCUGAAAGACUGAUGUAUUCCGUUGGAGAAAAAAAAAGAUGUUGAGGUAUCCUCAGAGACCUAUGACACCAGACAGGGUGUUGUGGUGAAUAAGGUGGUGAAGAUGCUGAAUGAAUUUGAGAAGCCUGAAGACAAAUCAUUGAUCAUAGAUUUAAUCAAGAAGAAGUUGAACCUAGACCUGAAUGAGAUCUCUUACUAUAAGAUCACCAGCUUGCACCGUGGAAUCUGUCUGAUCAUCAAUAAUGACAGAUUUCCCAAAUUGGGGGAUAGAGAAGGAUCAGAUGUCGAUGCUGUUUCUUUGGCUAGGGUCUUCAGUUGGCUGGGAUUCUGGGUUGUGAUUGUCGAGGACCGAGAGGUGCAGGAGAUGCGAAACCUACUAAAGCUGUUUGCUGGGUUAAAUCCAAAAUCUCUGUCCGAGUUAAAGAAGCACUCCGUGAAGGAGUGGGCAGGUGACCGCAAGAAGUUUAUCGACCUGGACGGGCUUCUCCAACAUGGCGAUGCCUUUGUUUGCUGCGUCUUGAGUCACGGCUGCAGCGAGGGCAUCUAUGGAUCAGACGAAAAGGUCCUGCCCCACAAUGAACUCCUCAGCUUCUUCAACGGAUCAAACUGCAGCGCUCUCAAAGACAAACCCAAACUGUUCUUUGUCGAGGCAUGUCGGAGCGAGCCAGACAAACAGAAGGGGAAAACGAGAGAUGAGCCGCCUAGUGAUGACACUUGGGGAUCCGCAAAUGCCCAACGCAAGCGUAUAUAUGACAUCACUGAUGAUUCUGACAUGCUAAUUGCUAUGGGCAGCACUGACAAACAAAUAUCUAUCAGAUCCAAUAAAACUGGGACCUGGUUCAUUCAGUCUUUGUGUAAACAAUUACAACAAGGCUGCAUCAGAGGAGAAGACAUUCUGAUGAUUCUCACUGAUGUUGGUGGUGAAGUGAGUGAAAAGGAAGGUUGCAUAGGCCGUGGUAUGUCCAGACAAAUCUCCAAACAGAUGCCUGAAGUUACAUCCAGACUACGCAGUAGACUCGUUCUACAUGUACCCUCCACUUUGUAACUAGCACAAGAACUAUCAAGCUAAGCUAGUGUGCUAGCCUGCCAACUAUAGUGGGUCUUACUUUUCAGUACCAUUAUCUACAAGAAAAACUAUUUUUUACAAGGACAACAAUGUUCACUGUCUGUUUGUGGGAGAUCUUGUUUUAAUCUGUAAAUGAAGUGUUCUAACACAUUUUAUAAUAUAGAUUAUUUUUCCAUACAGAGUAUUAUCGGAUACUUGUAUUUGAGCAGAAUAAUACUCAGGGAAUACUUUAGGCUGUUUUAUUUUUCCAUAUAAUUCCAUAUACUUUUCCACAUAUUACUGCUGUACUGGUUUAAACAAAUGACUUAAACUUCAUGACUAUUUUACAUUAGACUAUAUACAGUCCUCUGAUUAAAACAUGUUCAUUCAAACCAGC